AUGAGUUUGAAUACUCUCAGGGUCAAUGCCCCCAUCAAAGCGACAAGCACGGUUAUUAUUCUUCAUGGUCUAGGUGAUUCAGCAGAUGGAUGGCGGUUCCUUAGUGACUUACUUCACCAAUAUGAGCAGUUCAAGACUGUCAACUUUAUUUUUCCGAAUGCUCCAAUUAAGCCAUUGUCAUGUGCAGGAGGACAGAGAAUGUCACAGUGGUUUGAUAUCUUUGACAUGGGGAAUCCCAACGCUAGACAGGAUGAAGUUGGCUAUUGGGGUUCAGUGUCUAGAAUUAACAAUCUGAUAGAGGACGAAACCAACAAUGGCAUUGAUUCGUCGAAGAUUAUCAUUGGAGGGUUUUCUCAGGGUGCUUCAGUCAGUUUAGGAGUUGCAGCUUCAUAUGAGAAAAAACUGGCUGGUGUUCUUUGCUUGUCUGGGUUUUUCGGAAUGAAGCAGGGCAUUACUUCCAGGUUGAAGGACACAAACAAAAACACUCCGAUUUUCCACGGCCAUGGGGACCUGGAUCCUGUUAUAAAUAUCAACUGGGCCAGAGCCACAGCAAAAUAUUUCAAAAAUGAUUUAGGUUUUUCCAAUUAUGACUUGCAAGAGUACCCCGGCAUGGCCCACUCCACAUGCAAUGAAGAAAUAUCAGAGAUUGCUGAGUUUAUCACUGCCAAACUAUCUUUAAAAUGA